GAAACAAACCACCUUUAAAAGAUGAAGAUGCUGCUGAAAGGAAAGCAGCACUUGAAGCUGCUAUUAGGAAAAAAAUUGAGUGUGAGCGGAAAGCAUUGCAAGUUGUUGAACACCUGUUGGAAGAUAACAUUACCGAAGAAUUAUUUGUGGAUUGUGGGAGGCUUAUAACACCUUCUCACUAUCUGGAUGUGGUGGAAGAACGAUUUAUCAUCAAGCUAUGUGGCUAUCCUCUCUGUCAAAAUAGGCUACAGAAUGUGCCAAAACAAAAGUAUAAAAUUUCCACAAAAACAAAUAAAGUAUACGAUAUUACCGAGAGAAAGCGUUUUUGCAGCAAUUUUUGUUACAAAGCAUCAAAAUAUUUCGAGGGCCAAAUAUCCAAAACUCCAGUGUGGCUUCGAGAAGAAGAAAGGCCACCAACUAUUGAGCUGCUAAAGAAAGAGGCAAGUGGCUACUAUGGGAAGGAAAUAAAAUUAGUCGGCGAAAGAAUUGAAGCCUUAGACAUUGAAAACCCUACUCCUGCAGAAAUCCAUCACGACUCUAACUCAGGCAGUGAAAGCAACAGUGAUGCUGAGCAGGAGUUUGUUUCCUCUGUUCUACAAGAGAAUCUCUCAAAUACAGAGAAAUUGGCCGGGAAACCCCUCAAAAGCAUCCUCAAAAAAAGCCCUACCAAGAGAGCCGAGCCUCAACUCUUCACCCCAGAGGAUACGGUUGAUGAGACUUCAGCCCAACUAAACCAAGGCAGAUCACAUGUUCUACAAGAAGAGGGUGGCUUUCCUGGUACUAUUCAGGGGGAAGAACAUUGCCAUUCUCCGAACGUUCUUGAAAAUGUGCAGGUCUCUGAAAAUCUUGGAAAUAGCCCUAGAUGCUCCCAGGUAGUGUUUCUGGGAGUGAGCCAAAAAGGGGCAGACCAAUUUAAAAGGUUACUUGCUAAAUCAAAACUGACUGACAGAGGUCCAGCAGACUCCCUUGCGGCCAAAGAUAGCUUGUUAGAGAGCCUCUGGCAGACAUUUACUGAAUGGAGAAGUGAAGAGACACUAAAGCUUCUCCAUGGCUCUUGCAGAACCCCCAGUCAUCUACUGCAGCACACCCAACCAAAGGACUCUGGCAAGGAAUAUCUUGAUGAAGAUGAUUUGGAAAAUGCUAGUAGCAGUGAAGCUCUACCCCAAGAACACACUUUAAACAGCCUAGAUCAGUCUUUGCCUUUCCAGGACUCUGGGACAGCUGCCAAACCUUUACCCAGCUUUGAAAAAUUGAAAAAAGAGACAUUACAGUUGGAGUUAAAGGUGAGCGAAUUUUACAAAGGAAAGUUCACCGUCACCGAAGAGGAGGAUUUGGCAAUGCAAUCAGAAAGGGAACAGCAGAAUGGGAAGUCUCAA